GCUGUCCUCUCAUCGGCGGUGCUGAAGCUGAACAAGAUGGCUGUGUGUUGGGGAGUGGAGAGCUGAAAGAGAAGUGGCGGAAAGAGUCUCCAAUUUAGACAGUCGCGCCAUUGAAACGAAGAUAGGAUUGCGACGCUGGCGUUAGCUUUCGAAGUGUGAAGAUUUUUUAUUUUUGUCAGGCUAACGUGCCCCUGCCAGGACCCGCCUCUGCCAGCGACGGCAGGCUCCUUCAUCUCCAGCCCAACGAUUACAACCCAGGCUGUAUACUGCACAAAUUAGCUCAAUUACGGACGCUGGUGAAGAAGCUGGACCCUGUACUAAAGGCGCAAAUAAGAAAUGUCAUUGCUGUGUGUUGGAGUGAAGAAAGCCAAGCUCGAUGGACCCCAAGAGAAAUUUAACACAUACGUGACCCUGAAGGUGCAGAAUGUUAAGAGCACAACCAUUGCUGUGCGUGGCAGUCAGCCAUGCUGGGAGCAGGACUUCAUGUUUGAAAUAAACCGCCUGGAUCUAGGCCUAACAGUGGAGGUGUGGAAUAAAGGGCUGAUCUGGGACACCAUGGUGGGCACCUUAUGGAUCCCCCUGAGCAACAUACGGCAGUCCAAUGAGGAGGGUCCAGGCCAGUGGCUGACCCUGGACUCCAAUGCGAUCAUGGCCGAGAAUGAGAUCUGUGGAACUAAAGACCCAACCUUUCACAGGCUGCUGCUUGACACCCGCUUUGAACUGCCACUAGACAUUCCUGAAGAAGAGGCCAGAUACUGGGCCAAGAAACUUGAACAACUAAAUGCCAUGAGAGAUCAAGACUAUGCCUAUCAAGAAGAACAGGAGCGACCACUACAUGCACCAACCACACAGUGCUGUAAUUGGAGUCUGUGGGGGGAUCAGCAAAACGAGGACCCAGACAGCGCCGUGGACGACAGGGACAGCGACUACCGCAGUGAGACCAGUAACAGCAUCCCGCCUCCCUACUACACCACCUCCCAGCCUAACGCUUCCAUGCACCAGUAUCCCAUGAGGACUGAGAACUACAUACACUCAUACAACGAUGAAAUCCAUGAGCUGGACUACGACCACAGAGUCAUGAGACGCUAUGAUAGUUUAGAGUUGGCUACCAACGGGCGCAGCGAUAUCGACUCAGGCUCAGGGUCGAGCCGCCGCACCAGUCAUCAGUGUUCUCUAGACAGUAGGCAUUCACUGUCCGAUAGUCCCACAGACAGUCGUUACGCCUCGUCAGGCGAGUUGAGUCGAGGCAGUUCUCAGCUCAGUGAGGAGUUUGUUGCUGAGGACGGUGACAGCUUGCGAGGUUCGGAGUUCUACGAUGAAAACGACUCCUACCACUCCUGCCACUCCUCUGUCAGCUACGGCAAAGAGGACUCCCCAGGCUGGGAUGGCGAGGACCCCCAAGGCAUCUACAGCGACGACGGAGGCUACCUCAAAGAUGGAGGGGAAGAGGGGGGGCUGUAUGCUGAAGAGGAGGGUGACGUGUACGGGGGGGAAGGGGAGUACAUCUACGAAGACGAGGAGGAGAUGCCUUUUGAGGAAGAUGAAGAUACGUAUCCAAUUGACGGCACACUCGGUGAAGACCAGGAGCUGCCCUACACCCCCGCACCCACAAGCACUGCCCCGUCCCUCAUGCCCCCCUCUGAUGGCACGACCACCAGACCACCGCUGGAGAAGCAGGCAUCGUUGCAUCAGCAGCGGCCAGCUCCUGAUCAGCUCCCGCCAACCAGCACAGCUCCUAGUCUACCUCCAGUCACACUCAAUGACACGUUGCCCCCUUUCAGUGCAGAAUCCAGCAAGCCUCCGUUCGCACCCACCCAGCCAGCUCUGUCAACCACCACUACAUCCACCCCCACGACCACAUCUCAGGUUCCAGCUCCAGAUACCGGGCCCCUGGAGCCUGAACCUAAGUUUGAGGUGCCGUUGGAAGAACCUCAAACUCCCGAGCAGCCUCCGGUGGUAAAGAGUGUCCCUCCAGCUCCUGAAGAGAGAACAGAGGAACUACCUGUUCCAAGUUUCCCAAAGAGGGAAAUCAUGGAGCCUGGUCCUGCCAGAGCCAAAGCCAACUGGCUUCGUCUUUUCAGCAGAGUACGACUACAGCUGCAAGAGAUCCUGCUCUGUGCAUGUUUUGUCUCCAGGAUGGGUGGCGCUCUGUAUAGCAUUGACAGCAUGCCAGACCUCAGGAAGAGGAAAGCUAUGCCUCUCGUCCGAGAUCUGGCUAUGUCCUUGGUUCAGAACUCCAGGAAGGCAGGCAUCACCUCGGCCCUGACGUCCAGCACCCUGCAUAAUGAAGAACUGAAGAGUCAUGUCUACAAGAAGACCCUCCAGGCCCUCAUUUAUCCCAUCUCCUGCACCACCCCACACAAUUUUGAGGUGUGGACAGCCACCACGCCUACUUACUGCUACGAGUGUGAGGGGCUGCUGUGGGGUAUUGCUCGCCAGGGCAUGCGCUGUACCGAGUGUGGAGUCAAAUGCCACGAGAAGUGCCAAGAUCUACUCAAUGCUGAUUGUCUGCAAAGAGCGGCAGAGAAGAGCUCCAAACACGGCGCGGAGGACCGAACCCAGAACAUCAUCAUGGUUCUUAAAGACCGCAUGAAGAUCCGCGAGAGGAACAAACCUGAGAUCUUCGAACUCAUUCAGGAGGUCUUUGCAGCCCCCAAGUCCACCCACGUCACCCACAUGAAGCAGAUCAAACAGAGUGUGCUCGAUGGCACUUCUAAAUGGUCGGCCAAGAUCAGCAUCACAGUGUUGUGUGCCCAGGGUCUACAAGCCAAAGAUAAAACGGGCUCCAGUGAUCCUUACGUCACUGUCCAGGUGGGAAAGACCAAAAAGAGGACCAAGACCAUCUACGGCAACCUCAACCCUGUCUGGGAGGAGACAUUUAAUUUUGAAUGUCACAACUCCUCAGACCGCAUUAAGGUGCGGGUGUGGGAUGAGGAUGACGACAUUAAGUCUCGCGUAAAGCAGAAGUUCAAGCGGGAGUCGGACGACUUUCUAGGUCAAACCAUCAUUGAGGUCCGCACUCUGAGCGGAGAGAUGGACGUCUGGUACAAUCUGGACAAGCGUACAGACAAAUCAGCUGUGUCUGGAGCUAUCCGCAUGCACAUUAAUGUAGAGAUCAAAGGAGAGGAGACGGUCGCCCCCUAUCACGUUCAGUACACCUGUUUGCAUGAAAACCUCUUCCACUACGUGACAGAUAUCCAGAACAACGGUGUGGUGAAGAUCCCCGAUGCCAAAGGGGAUGAUGCAUGGAAGGUCUACUUUGAGGAGACUCCCCAGGAGAUUGUUGAUGAGUUUGCCAUGCGUUAUGGAGUGGAGUCCAUAUACCAGGCCAUGACUCACUUUGCCUGCCUGUCAUCUAAGUACAUGUGCCCAGGUGUGCCUGCAGUGAUGAGUACCCUGCUGGCUAACAUCAAUGCAUACUACGCUCACACCACCCAGGCAACAAACAAUGUCUCUGCCUCUGACCGCUUUGCUGCUUCUAACUUUGGGAAAGAGCGAUUUGUCAAGCUUCUAGACCAGCUUCACAACUCUCUGAGGAUUGACCUGUCUAUGUACCGCAACAACUUCCCUGCCAGCAGUCCUGAGAGGCUGCAGGACCUCAAGUCCACAGUGGACCUCCUCACCAGUAUCACCUUCUUCAGAAUGAAGGUCCAAGAGCUUCAGUCUCCACCCAGAGCCAGUCAGGUAGUGAAGGAUUGUGUCAAAGCCUGUCUCAACUCCACCUACGAGUACAUCUUCAAUAACUGUCAUGAGCUGUACAGCCGCGAGUAUCAGACAGACCCGGCCAAACAGGGGGCUGUGCCUCCGGAGGAGCAGGGACCCAGCAUCAAGAAUCUGGAUUUCUGGUCCAAACUCAUUACACUUAUUGUCUCCAUUAUCGAGGAGGACAAGAACUCCUACACCCCCUGCCUAAACCAAUUUCCCCAGGAGCUCAACGUGGGUAAAAUUAGCGCUGAAGUGAUGUGGAACUUGUUUGCUCAGGAUAUGAAGUAUGCAAUGGAGGAACAUGAAAAAAAUCGCUUGUGCAAGAGUGCAGAUUACAUGAACCUGCACUUCAAAGUCAAGUGGCUGUACAACGAGUACUGCAAAGACCUGCCCUUCUUCAAGAGCAGAGUGCCUGAAUAUCCUGCGUGGUUUGAGCCAUUUGUUAUUCAGUGGCUGGAUGAAAAUGAGGAAGUGUCUCGGGACUUUCUGCAUGGCGCUUUGGAGAGAGACAAAAAAGAUGGGUUCCAGGUCACAUCAGAACAUGCUCUGUUUUCCUGUUCGGUGGUGGACGUGUUUUCCCAGCUCAACCAGAGCUUUGAGAUCAUCAGGAAGCUUGAGUGUCCAGAUCCGCAGAUAGUAGGACACUACAUGAAGCGAUUUGCGAAGACCAUCAGCAAUGUGCUUCUGUCCUAUGCUGACAUCAUCUCAAAGGUCUUUGCCAACUAUGUCACCAUGGAGAAAGUGCCCUGCAUCCUGAUCAACAACAUCCAACAGCUACGAGUUCAGCUGGAGAAGAUGUUUGAAGCCAUGGGGGGAAAAGAUUUGUGUGUGGAGGCCAGCGAUAUCCUGAAAGACUUGCAGGUUAAGCUAAACAAUGUCAUGGAUGAUCUCAGCAGGGUCUUUUCUGUCAGUUUCCAGCCUCACAUAGAGGAGAAUGUGAAGCAGAUGGGUGACAUCUUGGCUCAGGUGAAGGGAACCUCAAAUGUGGGAAAUGCCAGCAGCGUGGCCCAGGAUGCUGACAACGUCCUGCAGCCCAUCAUGGAGUUCCUUGACAGCAACCUGACUUUGUUUGCUAAGAUCUGUGAGAAGACUGUGCUGAAACGUGUGCUGAAGGAGCUGUGGAAGCUGGUGAUGAACACCAUGGAGAAGACCAUCGUUCUGCCGCCACUCACAGACCAAACGGGCACUCAGCUCAUCUUUAACGCUGCCAAGGAGCUGGGACAGCUGUCCAAGCUGAAGGAGCACAUGGUUCGUGAGGAGGCCAAAGCGCUUUCACCUAAGCAGUGCGCUGUGAUAGAGCUGGCACUGGACACCAUCAAGCAAUAUUUCCAUGCUGGUGGUGUGGGUCUGAAGAAGACUUUCCUGGAGAAGAGUCCUGACCUCCUGUCUCUCCACUACGCCCUGUCGCUCUACACUCAGGCAACAGACAAACUCAUUAAGACCUUUGUCCAGUCACAGAACGCACAAGUGUUCGGCGGGAAGGGGGUGAGGUUCACCACUAGUGAGGAUGUUUGCCCAGACAAGGGUCGCUCCACAUUUUCUCCACAUGGAUCUUUCUCCUUGUCUCUCACCUUCCCACUGUCGUUCCCUCCAUCUGUCCUUGUCUCAGUGGUGGCUGCCAAUGACCUGAGGUGGCAAACCCAGGGAAUAUUCCGGCCAUUUGUGGAGGUCUAUAUCAUCGGACCUCACCUCAGCGACAAGAAGAGGAAGUAUGCCACCAAGUCGAAGAACAACAGUUGGGCUCCCAAAUAUAAUGAAACCUUCACCUUCACCCUGAGUAGCGAGGUAGGUCCUGAGUGCUACGAGCUGCAGGUGUGUGUGAAGGACUACUGCUUUGCGCGAGAGGACCGCACCGUGGGCAUGGCCGUCCUGCAGCUGAAGGACAUGGCCUCCAAAGGCAGCGUUGCCUGCUGGCUGCCGCUGGGGAAACGCAUCCACAUGGACGAGACGGGCCUCACCGUCCUGCGUAUCCUCUCCCAACGCAACAACGACGACGUGGCCAAGGAGUUUGUCAAGCUCAAGUCGGACCAGCGCUCUGCAGAGGAGGGCCGCAGCUAAGAGACACAGAACAGAAUUUAAAACGACCCGUCCAAACUCAAUCAGACAUUGCCACUUACUGCCCUGGACCUCUCCUGAGCCACUGCUAGCCACUGCCCUGCUGAUCCAGUGUUGUACAAGCACACAUAAGACAACACCACACAUCCAUCCAGUGCUGUAAAUACAUUCAUUUCAGUGGAAAGAACAUUGUGCUAAAAAAAAAAAAAAAUCCUCAUUCUUUUUUUUCUUUUUUUUUUAAAAGCACCAGGGUCUUUUAGUGUUGCAGGUACUAUCAGCCAUCCUUUUGAUGAACACAUCCAAUCAUAGAGCAUAAACCUACUUUCCUCGCUCCGUAGAGCUGAGUCAUGUCAUUCCGUACACACACACCUCAUGUUAAUGGUUAAGGUGAGAAAUAUCUUGUAGCCUUUAAUAUUUUUGGCUUCCUCUGGCCCCUUCCCUGGCCUGCACCGCCUCAGAGAAGGGACCGCAAGUGCCAACAGAUAAUCUCUGAAAUACUGUAUGCCAAGACCAGCCCUAAGCACAACAGGACCAACUGUCCAACUGACCCAAUAACAAUAACAACACCGGCUGCAAGGCUUCAAACAUUCCAGAUGUCAGGCGGGGACAAAGCACUAUUUAAUUAAGAUACUUUUAAUAUUUAUUUACUGCCCUUUUUCAAUUUAUAUUUAUAUUAAAACAAUUAUAUAUAUAUAUAUAUAUCAUAAUAUAUGUAGGACAUACGGUAUGUAAAGUUAUAUACAGGAUUAUUUGAUGGACGCGUGGGUCUUAAAAGAUUGUCCGCGUUUGUCUUUAUGUCCGUCUACCCUGUAACAGCACACUGCCUGACACCCUCAAUGCCUUCUGUCGUGUUGACCCUUGUACGUUAUGUCGGCCUCUUAUAUAGCGAGAGAUGAAUCUGAUGAAAACACGCCUUCAAGCACUGUGAUACAUCAGAGUGUGUGUGCGAGUGUGAGAGAGAAUGUGCAAGAGUGAAUGUGUAAUCUGCGUUUGGAGCAUGUGUGGAGCUCAUAACAUGCGAGCGUGUUUGUAAGAUGUUCUAAUGUUGACCUCAUGUAGCCGCCCAUGUUGCCUGUUACCUGCAAAUGUAAUCACAGAAAGCCAUCACAUGUAAAAAAACAUCACACAGAGAGAGAUAGUUCAUAUUCAGAUUAGAUUAUGGAGGAUAUUCAAAGUGUUUUUUAUUCUUGGGAGGAUGCAAUUUAUAUCUUAUGAUGGUAGUUCCAUCAUUUUUGUGUUACUGUAAACAUUCCCAACAGCCCUGUACUGGGUGUGUGUGAGAGGUGCAGGAGGAGGAACAACCUGACUGCUCCUUCCUUUUCUUAAAAUCCAAACCUGCAUGUAAGGAGAUCAUAAUAACUAAGAACCUGAGCAACGUGCAUUGAGAUAGUUGCAAAACCACACAUGCUGCACCCCAGGGAGAACAUGAAUCAGUAAUGAUCUACCACCCAUGAUCUCCCAUUGAUCCAGCUGCAGGUGCUGUCGGCACUGAUCUCUGAUGCCCAGAAGUCAGACCUCUGCUAAAGGGCUGCAGAUCCAGACCACACCAGGUCUGGCACUGACAUUUAAACGAGUCCUACAGUUAAUUAGAGAUGUAGUGUGAAGAUUUAGAAGCACAGGGUUUUGAUGAACCCAUUUUAUACUCAGAUUUUUUCCUUUCUUUUUGUCAGUAAUUGUUGGAAUGACAGAAAUUACACACCAAGGCUUCAAAUCAUCCUACAUUUAAAUUGAUUUCAUGUAACACUAAAUGUUUUGAUUUGACUAUUGACUGUCCAGCAUGUCUCUUAAUUCAACUUCUAUUUUAAUGAAUGCCCUUUUUUUAUAAAAUUGAUUGGUUUAUCUAUCUCUAACAGGUGUGUGUGUUUGUUGCAAAAAAAAAAGCAUCCAAGCGAGGAAUGUCCAAGUUAAAUAAUGACAGGGUGUUUUGGUUGUUUUUUAUAUUUUUGCCCCAAAGCACUUGAUCGUUAAUGAAUAACAUAACAGGCCCCCUCUUUUAAACAAGAACUGAACUCUAUGCAUCUAAUCUAUAAACAUCUAUGUAGAAUAAUAGUCAUUUUCAAAGGAGUCACAUAAUGUUUACAUUGUGGAUUAUUCUUGUAUCAGCACAAGUGUUUGUCUGAUAUGUUGUACAUGCUGUCUCUAUUGUAAUGGGCCAAAUAUCACAGCUGUAGUAGAGCUGAUUAGAGACGGAGUUGUUUGUGCAGCUUUUCAGAGGAAAAUAAUCUGGAACAGAGCGAUCAAUUGCUGUUAUUGGGCGUUGUAAAUAGCUUGGAUGUAACAAACACAUGUCAGACUAUGUGAAGUGAAGUUUGCUGCUCUUUUGUAGACUUGAAUUUUUGCCGUGGGUGACUGUUGGGGAUGAAGUGUGUGUGGGUGCCCCAUCUGGAUAUGUAGCUAUUAUUGAAAGAUACAGGAAGGCUGUGUACACACUGGAGAUAAAUAACAAGCAAUUUGUACAAAUUUGAUCAUUUAAUAGGUUCAAUCUAAGACACAAAAAAAUACACUGCUAGUCCCUUACCUUUACACUGCCAUUAUAGACCGGUAUAUAUACUAUAAAAGGAAAACUAGCCAUCUAAGUAAAGAAAUUCUAAACCUGUUGUCACUCUCUGGUGUGUACAAGGUCUUUUUAUUCAAGGGGACAUUGGCACUGUCUUUUAAUAACUUUUAAAUAGCAGGUACACAACAGUCACAAAGCUGGAAAUGCCACGAAAAAAAAAAUCUUUAUUUAUUGCUGUUGACAAUGAUACAUUAGUCUCCUCCUUCAGAGGCUUAGUUUGCGUGUUGGACUGGGAUGUGGAACAGGAAUGCCCACAGAAGCUAAGGACAAGGAUAAAUUUAGACAGCACAAUGAAAAGCACAAAAAACAAAGAGCAGUCAGACAUGCAUGAUCUGAUAGGUCUGGCUGACCAGGCCACACACGCAUACACACACACACGCACACACACACACAGCGACUCCGGUCCUGUACAUUCUGAAAAGGUGCAUGAUAGAAUCAAUGAAACAAAAAGAAAUAACGUAUUGUGCCAGCACGCAUAAUUAUUUGAUGUUACUUGCCAAUUUAUGUCUCCUUUUAUUUUGAUAUUUAAUUUUUGUUUUCUAUUUUUUAAAUGUUUGUGAAUAUAUAAAUAUGCAUUACUGAUGAUGUGUAGUGGUACAAAGUACUAGCAUGACAUUUUUUUAUACACAAGAUGUUUCUAAUUUUUUGCGUUUUUUUAAAUUCUGGUUGUUCUUAUUGGGGGUUGAGGUGACUGCGACUGCAGUCUCAUUGUGUUUCUGCUUCCAAUAAAA